CAUAACCUCCGGCACUAUCCCAAUUCCAUAUCUCAACCAACUACCGUCUUAAUGACGGAGAUCCUGGCUCCAUAUGCUUGCGAUAACUGCCGAUCCCGCAAGGUUGCAUGCUCUCGAGGACGCCCCGGAUGUCUGCGCUGUAAAGACGAGAACGUUGCCUGCAACUACUCACGAUCUGGAGUGAUCCGUCGGAACAGGAAGCGGAAACAUGAAACACUUGUCGCCAAUCAGUCCUCUCCCAACACUCCUGGUGGCAGUGGUAGACCUCCUGGAGCAGCAAACGACAGUAAUCUGCAGUCUCACCUGGCGACUGACAUCGCAAUGACCCAUGAACGGCUAAAUGGGGUGGAUUACUCGAAACACAUUCCUCUAGGUGCGCUCUCAUCUCUGUCGGAGGCCUGCGCGGCGGUCUGGCACGAUGCUUCGGAAUUUGAAGAGACUGGCAACGGAUUCUUCUUGUUCGAAGAACAUACUGUUGCCUGGGUCGAUUCAACAGCAUUUGUCGCUGCACUUGACAAAGGUCGCCCUUUGCUCAAUUCGGCGCCUCUGGAAGUGCUGGAUCAUUUAAGGGAAUGUCGCCCAGAUCAAGUGCAUGACCGAGCUUGGCUGGUCAUGUAUUACAGCAUCAUUUUAAGUAUGAUAUCCUCCACUGAUCCCACGAACCAAUCUACCAAGAAAAAGCUCCGACGCAAUAUCUGGCUUGCCCUAAAUGACGUGAGACUCUUUCUCGAGCCCAGCGAGGCGAAUAUCCAAGCUUUGACUCUUCUAGCAUGCACUGUGGAAGAGUUUACCACUCCAUCGUUGUGUUGGAUGCUAGCAACAAACGCCUGUAGAAUGCUGCAGGCAUUGGGCAUCAACCAUCGCCGUCUCGACGCUCAGACCCACGAGCGGCGGGUUAUGCUGUUCUGGCAUCUGAAUUUGCUGGACAAGGGGUUGGCUCUCAUCUUUGGUCGACCGCCAACUUUCCACCGGGCGAUGGCGAGAGAGAUUGGUCUGCCGACGCUCGAACAGCUGUAUUCCUACCAGUCUCAGGCUACCUCCGCCGGAGCCCCCGGAUUAUUCGGAGCGCAUUACUUCUACCAAAGGUUGUUGCUGACGCGUAUAAUGAGUGAUAUCUGGAACUGUCUUUACGAAGAUGCAGCGCCGGACAUCCGAAGUAUCGAGGUGGCAAGCGAGGAACUGAAAUCGUGGUAUCGUCAGGCACGAGAGCUUCUUGAGGCUGCUGCGGUGACAGAGAAACCUUUCCUAAACGCCCGUAGUGCAGCCUCCAUUGAUAUUGGUUUACACUCUUUAAGAUUCAUAUAUCUGUAUCUUCUCAUUCUCUUGGCCAGGUUCUCCAGCCAGAUGAGGACGCAAUGCAUCGACUCAUCAAAGCAGAUGCUUCAUUUACUCAAGUACAUGGUUGUCGACUUUGAUGAACCGUAUAUCAGUAUUGUAUGGCAGCUACUAUGCGGUCCUUUCACCCCAUUCCUGGAGCUCUUCGGCGAGAUCGUUUCGAACGGGAAGGCCAACCCGGAAGAGAAGCAGGAAAAUCUGGCCGCUAUGGAGCAACUGCCAGUCUUUCUGGGUAGGAUGAGUUCGUGGAACUCGCUUGCGGCAAAGCUGGAGCGCAUCGCUGUGGCUUUUGUGCAGCAUGCGAAGUCUGUGAUGCACCCUCAAGGAACCCAUGCUGGUGAGGCUGCGCCAGGCCUAAGUAUUCCGAAUGGAGCGUUGCCUGAUCCCUGGCCAUCGACCGGAAAUAUUUUACAUUGGGAUGCAUUCUUCAACCAUGCCGUGACGUCGCCGGUAUCGGGUCCGCCACAGACCGGCAACUAUGAUGCUCAGACAAUUGAUUUAGAAGCAUGGACAUCUGAUUUCUUUGGAGAUGCUAUGUUUGACUGGAUUGGAUGGGAGAGUCAUAUCUGA